AUGGAAAUGCUACAAGAACAUAUGAACGGGACACAUGGAGUAUUUCGAGUUGAUGAGGGUUCUUCUUCUAGUUACUCAAGAUCGGGAGAGAAUCAAGGUUUGAACUUCAGAAGAUACGAGGAGGGUUUCUACCCACGCUAUCAACUGCGGGGUGGGAAUCAAGGGAAUGCAAGCAGUCCUUGGGUAAACAAUUUGUUAUCGCGCAUAUUUGAUAAAGUCGAGGGCUCUGAUGAUUUGCUAAAAGGGAUGAAAGAUGACUUUAUAUCAUUGAACAGUAAAGUGAAUUCUCAUGCUGAUGCCAUCAAAAUGCUGGAAGGUAAAUUGAGUUUAUUAUCAACUCAAUUACCGUCCAAAACACCGAUGAACUAUAAUGAAAGAAAGCUGGUUAUGGUUACUCGUAGUGGUAAAGUGGCAAUAGGGAAUGUGAUGGAAAAUGAGGAUCCUCAAAACAUGAAGAGGGCCAAGGAGGAAGCAGAGCAACAAAUUCAAGUUCCAAAAGUCAUACACCCUUUACCCAAGAUACCUCCACCAUUUCCCCAACGUUUGAAAAAGAAGAAUGAAGAUGAGAAGUUCAAGAAUUUUUUGUCAGUAUUCAAAAGCUUCUCGAUUAACCUCCCUCUAGUGGAAGCAUUGCUGGAAAUGCCGGGAUACGCCAAAUUCAUGAAAGAACUGGUUACAAAUGAAAGGAGUUUGGACUAUGAAACGAUUGAGGUUCCCCAUAGUUGCAGUGCAAUUAUGACAAAUGAUUCAAUCACUAAGAGAAAAGAUCCCGGGGCAUUCACAAUCCCGUGCACAAUUGGCAUGCUCCAAUUCGCUAAAGCGUUGUGCAAUUUAGGAGCAAGCAUCAACUUGAUACCCUAUGUAAUAUACAAGCAACUUGGUUUAGGUGAACCAAAGGCAACCACAAUGAGGCUCCUUAUGGCUGAUCGAUCAAUCAAGCACCAAGUAGAUUGUGAGAUCGAUGUGAAAAUCCCCAUUAUUUUGGGAAGGCCAUUCUUAGCUACCGGGAGAGCAUUGGUGGAUGUUGAAAGUGGGAAAUUGAAGUUCCGUGUGAACGAUGAUGAGGUGACCUUCAAUAUCUGUAAAUCCAUGAAGCAACCAAGUAAUAUCCAUGUGGUGUCUACUGAGGAUGUGAUAGAUGAGGCAGUGGCAAGUGUGUGUCAUUUAAUGCACAAGAAAGAACCCCUUGAAUCUGUACUUGCCAAUUAUGAUGAAUUCAAAGUUUUGGAUUACGGGGAAAUAGUAGCUGCUUUAUCAAGAUUAGGCGCAUAUUCAAGGAAUCCAAUCAAGUUGGAUAUCGAUCAGAAAAAUAGAGAAAGUCCCCCUGCAAAGCCAUCAACAGAAGAACCACUAAAUCUGGAGUUAAAAGCCCUACCCUCUCAUCCCAAAUAUGUCUUUUUAGGAGCCAAUAAUACUUUACCAGUAAUUAUCGCUGCCGAUCUUCUUGAAAGGCAAGUGAAAUUGCUCAUUGAAGUACUGCGGAAGCAUAUAAAAGCUAUUGGAUGGACAAUAUAG